AGCAGCAAUAUUAUCAACAGUACCAGCAGCAACAUCAGCAGUUCCCGCAGCAACAUCAACAGUUCCCGCAGCAACAUCAACAGUACCAGCAGCAACAUUUGCAGUUACAGCAGUUAAAUCCAGUUCAGCGGCAAAAGUAAAUCAGAGAAACAAGGUGUUAAGUGAAUUUCUUAUCGAGUCAGGUGUAAACUAGUGCAAAAAUGUCGCAAUCAGAUAACGCGGCACGUGAGCAAACUGCGGCAAUUGCGGUGCCCGAGGCAUGUCAAGGUUGCAGCGGCCAAUUGCCACGUGCCACGCCGGUGGAAGUGGAGGACAUGGCCACCCCAUCGCUGGAGAAGCUCAUCCGGAAGGCCAACAUGGCGCAGAAAAUGCUGGACGAUGUGAUGCGGCAAAUCCAGAAGCAGCAACAGGAAUCUCAAGAGUCUCCCUCCAAGGAGUCGAAAACCAAACACCACAGCUCCAAAGGAGGUAAAAGGCACCACCGAGGACACAGACAUGGUCAUCACUCUAGCUCAUCUUCCGAUUCCAGUUCCGGCCACAGUGACUGUGAGCUGAUUCUCGCCGAGAAGGAGGAGCCAAUGCCCAGGAGGAGACACGUUCGGGAGGAUCGCAAGCGGGAUCGCUCCAGGUCCCGUGGUCGUUCCCGCGGUCACUCCCGCGGUCGUUCCCAUGGGCGUUCUCGUUCCAGGUCCUACACCGAUUCCCGACGAUCCCGAGCACUUCCCCUAGCUCUGCCCGUUAGGAUUGCAGUGUGAGUACCCGGCUUCAUUCAGUAUUAUCCAAUAUCUAUUAUAUCUUCUAAGUGUGCGCAUAAAUAAAAAUCCAAAAAAAGUUUAAAACAUAUGAAAAAUA